GCUCAGGGCAGGCUGCUGCCCCCCAGCCAAGCCCCUGCCCAUGUGUCCACCCGUCUGUCCGCAGGGCAAAUGCCAUAGGAUGACCGCUGCUGGUCCCCUCUUACUGGCUGUGAUAUCGUCUGUCCUGUGGCUCACGCGGGGCUUCGACCCGGCUCCCAGCGCCUGCUCCGCCCUGGCCUCCGGCGUCCUCUACGGCUCCUUCUCCCUCAAGGACCUGUUCCCCACCAUCUCCUCGGGCUGCUCCUGGACCCUGGAGAACCCCGACCCCACCAAGUACUCGCUCUACCUCCGCUUCAACCGCGAGGAGCAGGUGUGCACUCACUUCUCUCCCAUGGUGCUGCCGCUCGAUCACUACCUGGCCAACUACACCUGCGACCCCCGGGGCGAGGCCAGCCCAGCGCCCUCCCGCCAGCACCCGGAGCAGCAGCAGGACGAGGAGGAGGAGGACGAGGAAGCCGAGCUGGAGCUGUGCGAGGGCGCUGGGCCCUUCACCUUCCUGCACUUCGACAAGAACUUCGUGCAGCUGUGCCUGGCGGCCGAGCCCGAGGCGGCGCCGCGGCUGCUGGAGCCGCAGGCGCUGGAAUUCCGCUUCGUGGAGGUGCUGCUCAUCAACAACAACAACUCCAGCCAGUUCACCUGCAGCGUGCUGUGCCGCUGGCUCGAGGAGUGCCUGCAGGCUCCCGGUGCCCGCCGCUGCGGCUUCACCCACGCCGGCUGCAGCUGCCAGGCCGAGAGCCCCCCGGUGCCCCGGCGCGGUGGCACCCGAGCCCCGGCCCCUGCGCCCACCCCCGCGCCCCCCGACCCCGGCUGCUGCCCCACCGAGCUGCAUUCUGCCAGUGCCGACGAGCUCGACCUGCCCGAGGUGCCGCACGGCAAUGCGGUGGAGGAGAACCAGAAGGUGAAGACCCAGUGGCCGCGGUCAGCGGAUGAACCCGGGGUCUACAUGGCCCAGACAGGGGACCCCGCGGCGGAGGAGUGGUCGCAGUGGAGCGUGUGCUCGCUGACCUGCGGCCAGGGCUCCCAGGUGCGGACGCGCUCCUGCGUCUCCUCCCCGUACGGGACGCUGUGCAGCGGGCUGCUCCGGGAGACCCGCACCUGCAACAACACCGCCACCUGCCCAGACAGCAAGUGGGGCCCCUGGAACCACUGGAGCCUCUGCUCCAAGACCUGCGACACCGGCUGGCAGCGGCGCUUCCGCAUGUGCGAGGGCACGGGCAUGCAGGGCUACCCCUGCGAGGGCACCGGCGAGGAGGUGAAGACCUGCAACGAGAAGAAGUGCCCAGCCUACCACGAGAUGUGCAAGGACGAGUACGUGAUGCUGAUGACCUGGAAGAAGACGGCUGCCGGGGAGAUCAUCUACAACAAGUGUCCCCCCAAUGCCACAGGGACUGCCAGCCGCCGGUGCCUGCUGAGCCCCCACGGGGUGGCCUAUUGGGGUGUGCCCAGCUUCGCCCGCUGCGUCUCCCACGAGUACAGAUACUUGCAUCUCUCACUGCGGGAGCACCUGGCGAAGGGCCAGCGGGUGCUGGCAGGGGAGGGCAUGUCCCAGGUGGUGCGGAGCCUGCUGGAGCUCAUGGCCCGCAAGACCUACUACAGCGGGGACCUGCUCUUCUCCGUGGACAUCCUGCGCAACGUCACCGACACCUUCAAGAGGGCCACCUACAUCCCGUCCUCCGAGGACGUGCAGCGCUUCUUCCAGGUGGUGAGCUUCAUGGUGGACGCGGAGAACCGCGACAAGUGGGAGGAUGCCCAGCAGGUCUCUCCCGGCUCCGUGCACCUGAUGAGGGUGGUGGAGGACUUCAUCCACCUGGUGGGGAACGCGCUGAAGGCUUUCCAGAGCUCGCUCAUCGUCACCGACAACCUGGUGACCAGCAUCCAGCGGGAGCCUGUGUCCGCCGUGUCCAGCGACAUCAACUUCCCCAUGAAGGGGCGGCGGGGGAUGAAGGACUGGGCCCGCAGCUCCGAGGACAAGCUCUUCAUCCCCAGGGAGGUGCUGAGCCUCGCCUCGGCCGAGGCCGAGGAGUCGUCGCACUUCGUCAUCGGGGCGGUGCUGUACCGCACGCUGGGGCUCAUCCUGCCCCCGCCCAGGAGCCCCCUGGCCGUCACCUCCAAGGUGCUGACGGUGACGGUGCGCCCGCCCACCCGGCCCGCCGAGCCGCUCGUGCUGGUGGAGCUGUCCCACAUCAUCAACGGCACGUCCCACCCGCAGUGUGUCACCUGGGACUACUCGAGGACGGAUGCUGGCUUGGGAAACUGGGACACGGAGAGCUGCCAAACCCUGGAGACCCUCCCGGCGCACACCAAAUGCCAGUGCCGCCAGCUCGCCACCUUCGCCGUCCUCGCCCAGCUGCCCAAAGACCUGGCCAUGGACCCCUCGGGGACGCCGUCAGUGCCACUGAUGAUCGGCUGCGCCGUGUCCUGCAUGGCCCUGCUGACCCUGCUGGUGAUCUACGCCGCCUUCUGGAGGUUCAUCAAGUCGGAGCGCUCCAUCAUCCUGCUCAACUUCUGCGUCUCCAUCCUGGCUUCCAACAUCCUCAUCCUGGUGGGCCAGUCCCAGAUGCUCAGCAAGGGCGUGUGCACCAUGACCGCCGCCUUCCUCCACUUCUUCUUCCUCUCGUCCUUCUGCUGGGUGCUGACCGAGGCCUGGCAGUCCUACCUGGCGGUGAUCGGCCGGAUCCGGACACGCCUGGUCAGGAAGCGCUUCCUGUGCUUGGGAUGGGGCUUGCCAGCCCUCGUGGUCGCCGUCUCCGUGGGCUUCACGCGGACCAAAGGCUACGGGACAGCGAGCUACUGCUGGCUCUCACUGGAGGGCGGUUUGCUCUACGCCUUCGUGGGACCCGCUGCUGUCAUCGUGCUGGUGAACAUGCUGGUGGGCAUCAUCGUCUUCAACAAGCUCAUGUCCCGCGAUGGCAUUUCAGAUAAGUCCAAAAAGCAGCGAGCUGGGGCAUCGCUGUGGAGCUCCUGCGUGGUCCUGCCUCUGCUGGCGCUGACCUGGAUGUCGGCCGUGCUCGCCAUGACCGACCGGCGCUCCAUCCUCUUCCAGGUCCUCUUCGCCGUCUUCAACUCCGUCCAGGGCUUCGUCAUCAUCACCGUGCACGGCUUCCUGCGCCGAGAGGUCCAGGACGUGGUCAAGUGUCAGAUGGGGGGGUGCAGGAGCGAGGAGAAUGAAAACUCGCCCGACUCCUGCAAGAACGGGCAGGUGCAGAUCCUGACAGAUUUUGAAAAGGACGUUGACCUGGCGUGUCAGACAGUGCUGUUCAAAGAGGUGAACACCUGCAACCCCGCCACCAUCACGGGCACCUUGUCCCGCAUCUCCCUGGACGGGGACGAAGACCCCAAGCUCAACACCACCUCGGAGGGCGGCCUGGGCUUCUCCAGCCUCCCCGGGAACAUCCCCCCCGCCAGCAUCCUGGUGCAGGUGCCCAAGAUGACUCCCAACGUGGUGGCCGGGCUGGGCGAGCUGGGCGAGCCGCCGGCGCAGCAGCUGGGCCUGGAGGCGCCGGGUCCCGUUUACCUGUGCACGGAGAGCAGCCUGCGGCCCCUGGAGUACGGCUGGAUCCGGGCCCCCGAGCCCCCCCGAGAGAGCGAUUACAUGAUGCUGCCCCGCCGCACCGGCAGCCUCAAGCCCUUCCCCCGGGACGAGGCGCAGCUCGGCGGCGGCGCGGAGGAGGCGGUGCCCGGCGGGACGGGGCGCCCGGCGGCAGAAGGGGACGCCUACCCCGGGUUUGUGGCCGUGGAUCACGUUAACGUGAACCUGAACCAGCCCUACGCCACGGUGAAGGCUCCCUACGGCCUGCAGUUCAAGCAGCAUCCCACGGUGAGGCAGAUCCUGGCCUCGGAGCUGUCGGAGCGCAGCCGCACCAUGCCCCGCACCGUGCCCGGCUCGGCCAUGAAAGUGGGGUCUCUGGAGAGGAAGAGGUUGCGGUACUCUGACCUGGAUUUCGAGAAGGUGAUGCACACACGGAAACGCCACUCCGAGCUCUACCACGAGCUCAACCAGAAAUUCCACACGCUGGACCGGUACCGGGCCCCAUCCACCGGCUCCUCCAAGCGAGAAAAGCGGUGGAGCGUCUCGUCGGGAGGCGGGGACAAGAGCACGGGCAACGACGUGACCAGCCCCGAGGAGCAGCGGCCCAAGGCUCCGGCCGCGCCGCCCAAGCCAUGGAGCACAUUCAAGGCGAUGACGCUGGGCUCGCUGCCCAGCGCCCAGCGGGACCGGCUGGAGCUGUGCCGGGCAGACUGGGACAGCCCCUGCGCCGGCCUGGACGCGGCCGACGGCGAUUUCCAGACGGAGGUGUGAGCCCCGAGCCCGCCGCCGCCGCCUCCGCCCCGCCAGCCGCCGCGCUGGGUCCGCUCCGUGCUCCGGGGCAGCCGAGGGGGGGUCCCUGCCUAGCCGGAGCCGAUGUCCCCCCCUCGGGAGAGCCGCUUCCCACUCGUCCUCUCGCGGUUCCUCCUCCUGCCACCCCCCGGACGCGGGUGUGGAGGGGACCCGCGCCCUCCUUCCCCCCGUCCCAAAAUGCUCCCCCACGCUCACGCCUGCACCCUCCCCCCGGGGCAGGACCGGCCGUCGAGGCCCUCAGACCUUCGUUCUUUUCUACCGGGAUGUUCCUUCACGCCGUGCACCGUGUGCACGCGAGCGGCCGCCCCCCGGGACC